AUGCAUUCACUCCCGACUCCACCAGCUGAAGACGCUUUCCGUUGGAAGCCAGCUGUCGCUACUGUAAGCCUCGGUGCUGCGAAUCUGCACUCCAUCACAGCCAAAAUCGAUGCGGCAGCAAAGUACGGCCAGAAAGGUCUGGAACUGUUCCAUGACGACCUCGCACAGUUAGCCAAGACGCUACGCUCCCACGAAUGUGAGUCGACGGGCCGCACCGACCGAGAAUACGAGAUCGACGCUGCGCACGCCAUUCACGAUUUAUGUGCCGAGCGGGGCCUGCAGGUUCUAGCGCUUCAACCUUUUCGACACUAUGAAGGCUUGAUAGAUCCUGUGCAACAUGCUCAACGUAUCGACGAACUCCAACACUGGGUGCAGCUAUCCAAGAUUCUUGGAGAGAGUCUCUUCAUUCUCAUUCCAUCCUCCUUCCUCGACUCCUCUGAGAUCACAGGUGACCGGAAUCGGCUAGUGGCAGACCUGGCUGAAGCGGCUGAUGUGGCAUUCCCGGUUCGCAUCGCCUAUGAAGCAUUGGCAUGGGGUACUUACAUCAAUACGUGGGAGGAUUCUUGGGAAAUCGUCAAGCGAGCCAACCGACCAAAUCUGGGUAUAUGUCUGGAUACGUUUAACAUUGCAGCUCGGGUGUGGGCUGAUCCGACCAGUCCAUCCGGACGAGGACCCCCGAGUGUAGACGAUGAUUUACGAGCAUCAAUGGAUCGACUCGUCCGAGAUAUUGACCCGGACCGCGUCAUGAUGGUACAGCUAGCUGAUGGUGAGAGGGUAGACCCGCAAUCUUCCUUCCUUCGGACACCAGGACUAUCCACGCUCCUAGCCUGGUCACGGAAUGCUCGUCUGUUCCCGUGUGAAGAAGAGCGGGGCGGGUAUCUUCCUAUAGUACCGGUGACAGAAGCCUGUUUGAACGGAAUAGGUUAUACCGGAUGGGUUAGUAUGGAAGUCUUCUCCAGAACUACCGGGGUGGACGACCCAUCCGUACCGGAUGAACAUGCCGUAAGGGCAAGCCAGGCAUGGCGAAGGAUGUUGGAACGAUUGAUGGCGGUGGAAAAGGGAAAGGCGAUUGCCUUCUAG